AUGUUCAUUUUAUCCUUACUAGCAGUAUUGUUCUAUACGGCAAAUGGAUUCCGAACACAAAGUGCUGGUGUACGGGGAGUUCUGAUGUGUGGUGAUUUUCCUUUAGCACAUACAAAAGUAAAACUAUGGGAUGAAGAUGCAACAGAUAUUGAUGAUUUAUUACAAGAAGGGACAACAGACGCUAAUGGCUAUUUUGAAUUAAGUGGCUAUACCAGUGAAAUUACCACUAUCGAUCCCAUUCUGAAAAUAUAUCACGAUUGCGAUGAUGGAUUAAUGGAAGGCUAA